UCUCUUCCGGUUGAAAAUCUGGAAUCCCCUGCUGCACUCAUCAGCACCAGUGGCGGACUGUUAAAAUUUAGAAAGCAGAACGACUUGAAAGCCGCACACAAAAUAUGUCUGUCGAACUGCCUAAAAAUAUUAAUGUCAAGGAGCCGCGCUGGGACCAGGAGACGAUGACUGGAAGAGCAAAGCACUUUUUUACUGUAACAGACCCCAGGAACAUUCUGUUAACAAACGAACAGCUGGACAAUGCAAAAAAAAUAAUACACGAUUACAGGCAAGGUUCUGUGUCCCCAGGCCUGACAGAAGAUGAGCUCUGGAGGGCGAAGUACAUCUACGACUCUGCCUUCCACCCGGAUACUGGGGAAAAGAUGAUUCUGAUUGGCAGAAUGUCUGCCCAGGUGCCAAUGAACAUGACCAUCACAGGGUGUAUGAUGACCUUCUAUAAGACAACCCCAGCUGUUAUUUUUUGGCAGUGGAUUAACCAGUCUUUCAACGCAAUAGUAAAUUACACCAAUAGGAGUGGAGAUGCACCCCUUACUGUAAGUCAGCUUGGUACAGCCUAUGUAUCUGCCACCACUGGUGCUGUUGCUACUGCUUUAGGACUUAAUGCACUAACAAAGCGCGUUUCACCACUUAUUGGGCGUUUUGUUCCCUUUGCUGCUGUAGCUGCUGCUAACUGUAUCAAUAUUCCACUAAUGAGACAAAGGGAGUUGAAAUACGGUAUUCCUGUCACAGAUGAAAACGAUAACCGGUUAGGAGAAUCAACAAAAGCAGCCCAACAAGCCAUAACACAGGUGGUCAUCUCUAGGAUCCUCAUGGCUGCUCCUGGCAUGGCUAUCCCACCUUUCAUUAUGAACACUUUGGAAAAGAGAGCCUUUUUAAAGAGAUUUCCAUGGAUGAAUGCCCCUAUCCAGGUGGGAUUGGUUGGGUUCUGUUUGGUGUUUGCAACUCCCCUGUGCUGUGCGUUGUUUCCACAAAAGAGCUCUAUAUCAGUGACCCGCUUGGAGCCUGAACUACAGGAGAAGAUCAGAGAGACAAACCCUGGUUUGGAACGUGUGUACUUCAACAAAGGACUGUAAACACAAAGCCAUUUCAGUCUCCACAAACUACAUGCAAAGAAUGCAGCUUGUUAGGAAUUUUCAGUUUGUGUGCCAAAGUUUGAUUAUCAUUAUUUUUCCUUAAAGGUUUUACCCAGUGUGUCUUUUUAAUGUCUUCACUGUUUUAAAACACUUGUUGUAUAUCAAACCCAUGAAGGUUUAAAUUGUUUAGCAACGACAAAGAACUGAAGUUAGACCUACCAUAUUAUCAUUCAUUGUUUACUGAUAUCUUACUUGCCAAAAAGAAACCUUGAAACUGAACAGUCUCUUAGUUUUAUAUUUACCUAUUUCUGCCAAAAAAAUGAAAUGUAUUACUACAUGCUUUAUUUCAGUAAAUUUGUUUUAGAAGUGCGUAUUUGUUAAAGAAACUAAUUGUCAAUGAAUCCAAAUCUAAACGCAGCCCUUUAGUAGAAGACUAAAAGAUCGAAUGAAUGAUUAAAUUACCUCAUAACUUUACUGAGUUUUAGGGGAUGGCAAAAUUUGUGUUUAAUGUUAGUGAUGGACAACAAUUUACAACGCCUGUGGUCAGAAAUGCUGACAGCUAUUAAAGAAAGUGAGUCAUACAUGUAGAUGGCAACUUUUACAAUGCAAAGCAAUGACCUACAUUCCUCCUUAAAUGAUUGUUUUAAGUGCAUAUCCCUUUGGUUUCACUACAGUGAUAUUGCCUACAUUUAACCAUGUUAAAAUAAUAAAAAAGCGUAUGGUGAUUGUAUAAUAUAUCGACAGAUAGAAUAAUAAACAAAGUGUGUCGAGCGGUAGUGAUGUUUAAAUAGCUGUACAGUAAAUGUGGUGUGAAUGUCCUCUGACUGAAUUUUAAACAGUUCAGGGGCUGUUAAUGUCUAAAAGAUUAAGGUCUAAAGCUAGGUUUUUAAAGUGUGAUUUAUUUCUGUACUAUAAAUCUAUCCUUGUUUACACA